AUGGCAUUCAAAUUUGUUGCUUUGUUCGCUGUACUGGCCGUAGCCAGCGCGGGAGUUAUACCGAUUGAGGAGGUCCAUACGUCCUACCAGCCAGCUUCCUACUCCACACAUCUGGCACAGCCUGCCUUGAUUAAAACAGUAGCCCAACCGGCAACCAUUGUAAAAACCAUUGCUCAGCCCACGAUAGUCAAGACGAUUGCUCAGCCAACGCUCGUCAAACACAUCGAUGAGGAUCACGAUGCCCAGUACGAUUUCUCCUACGGAGUUCAUGAUGGUCAUACCGGUGACAUCAAGGAGCAGCGUGAAUCCCGCCAUGGCGAUCAAGUGCACGGUCAAUACAGCCUGAUCGACUCUGAUGGUCACAAGCGCACCGUUGAGUACACCGCCGAUGAUCACAAUGGGUUCAACGCUGUCGUACAUCGCGAACCCACCGAUAUCAAGAUUCCGCAGCCGAUUGUUCAGAAAGUCAUUGCUCAACCAGCCAUUGCCAAAGUCAUUGCUCAGCCAGCCAAAAUUAUUGCUGCCCAGCCAGCAUACUACCACCAGCCAGCUCCGACUGUUGUCAAAACCGUAGGACUCUCUCAUUACUAAUUUGGAUGUUUCAUCAAUCGUAUGGGACACUGAUUUAGACUACCAUUUUCAAA